AUGACAACAGAGAGAGCAGACUAUGAUGGAGCAGGAGAGUCCGUGUAUCAGUUUUGGGACGAAAGUGAUGAUGGAAUUUAUGAGCGUGGAUAUGAAGAGAACGAAACGAAUUCAUUAAAGCUGCGCAACUUUGUUGAAGAUGAUCUGUACCAGUCUGAUGGGCAGAUGCAUUAUAGGAACGAAGAGGAGAUGAGGCUUAGGUAUGGACGAAAGAAGAAGGAGAAAAGAAAGAAGAAGAAGAAUGACGAGAACAGAAGACCGUCGAACAGGAAGAUAGUGAAUCUGCCUGCAUCGCCACCGUAUGUUCGAUUUGUUGAUGGAGAAGAGCGACUGUGCUUUAAGUAUGUGACAAAGGUAAGUGAGUCUGCAAGGGAUGCUAUGCCGAAGGCAGAUCUUGAGGAUAAUGAGUUUUGUGUGAGGUUUGAUCUUGACAGUGUUGACAUUGGCAAACUAAAUGAGAAGUUCAAGGCAGACAAUUGUGUGUAUCCGAGGGCGAAUCUUCCGAACGAAAUGUACACUGGGAAUCGAUGGGGAUUUGAGACGGAGUGCAAUAGACUUGCAUGGCAGUUUGUUUCGCUGAAUCCAGUUUUGCUGUAUGGAAAGAAAGGGCUUAUACAGAGAGCGGUAGACUCGUACAGGACGAUUAACAAGCAGAGCAGAAACAAGAAGGUGAUAAGGGAGGAUCGGUUUCCAAAUGAUAUUGAGAAAAGAAGACAUGUGUCUGGAGCACCGUCAACAGUUACGAUCCAGUGGAUAAACAGGGGAAUUCCUAAGAGAUGUAAGAUCCAGAUGAACAUUGAUAACAUCAACUAUGAAAAGAUUGACGAGGAAUUCAAGUCGAAAUUUUCUGUGUUUAUGGAUGACUUUGAUGAUAAGUCGUUUGGAAAGAGCAAGUGGGAAAGCUACAAUGCAGACAAUGAGCUUGCAGUGAAGAUUGCAUUCUUGAAUGUUGAGAACACGUCUUUUUGGAAUGCAAUCAAGGCGCUUGACAAGACAACAGUGAUGAAGAAAGCGAUUGAAGCAUACAGACAGAAGAAGGAGGAGUAUAUGAGCUCUGAGGAUGACACAGAGAUGUCUGAUAUUGUGACGAGUACUCUUGAGAAUGCAUCUGUAGACAUGAAGAGCAGUAAUGCGGAGAGUUUCUACUUCUGUAAUUGA